AUGGCUGAUCCUAACCUCGUAGUCUCCACCCACGUGACCGCUGCGCGUCUGGAGCUUCUGGACGACGAGGAAAUACGAAAGCUCUCGUGCUGCCGCAUCAUCUCGACGGAAACAUUCGCUUCACAGGAUGGCCACGGCGGGGGGCACUCUGGGGGCUCUAACAGCAGCAAGAGCAAAUGGGGUGUAGAUGCAGCCGCAGCCGCCGCAGCAGCCGCUGCAGAGCUAUCUGCUGCAGUGCCAGGAGGCCUCCAUGACAGCCGAAUGGGGGUUUUCGACGGGAGAGAAACAUGCGGAACGUGUGGAGGCUCUGGCAGCUGCCCAGGCCACUUGGGUCAUAUUGAAUUGGAGCUGCCAGUCCUUAACCCCAUCCUGAUAAGCUCCCUAGUCAAGCUGCUAAGAGGGGUUUGUCUAGAGUGCCGUCGAGUGAGACUCUCUAAGCAACAGAAGGGUCUUGAAGUGAAGCGGUUCCAGCUGCUGCAGCUGCUAUUGUUGCAAGAGCUGGAACGGAUGGAUUCUGCAGUUGCUCGUACCACCACUAACAACAACGCUAGUGGAGAGGCGGAGUCUUCCAAGCGACGCGCACAAAUUCUGCAGAUUUUCGCUGCUGUAGAGUCCGAAAUCAAUGCCCGUAUGCAGCAGCAGUCAGCGGUCGCGGGUGCAGCGGAUACGGAGAGCAGAGAACGCUUCUUGCUGCAGCACAUAGCCAGAGAUUUCAGCGGCACUGGAUGGCAUGUUGCAGCAUGGCGGCAGCAAAGGAACAGGUUGUUGAAUCUAGCAGCCGCUACUGGACGAUGCUCACACUGUGGAGUAGCGAACGCGGUGUCUGUACACCUGGCGCCGAAAGCCUCUGGCGUGGAAUUGCGAUGGCCCUGGCAUAGUGCACUUCCGUAUACCACAGGCGGUUUCUUUGGAUCUCUUUUCGACGGAGGUGCUCGGAAGGAGUCGCGGGAGGACUGUGAAGGAGUAGAGCUCUCUUCGGAGGGGGCAGAUCUAAAGGCCGGAGACACCGGAGGCAGAGUUAAGCCGGAUGAGGGAUGUCUUAAGUACAGCCGUACUGGGAAGGCGACAGGUAGCGUGGAGCUUCAUGGUUUUCAGUUGCUGCCUCUAGUGCAGAUGCUAUUUGAGCGGGAGGAAGACCGUGUGCUCCUCGCAUAUCUCUUCCCCAUGACUGUGCGCCUGGGGCCCUCCGUUUUCUUUCAGCAGGCUGUCGCUGUUUCCGCGAAUCGCUUUAGACCCCCUACGUCGGGUGCCUCCCGCGGCUUCGGUGGCAGUGCACGGCAGUUGCUACACCCUCGAACGCAGCAGUUGCAGGAUAUUGUGAGGCUGAAUGAGAAGCUUAGGUUUGCGCUCAACGUGCUGAGGCAUCCAGACCCACUGGGGGCCCUUAGGGACCCUACGCAGUGGGCGGCCUUAUUUACGGGGGCAGACACUAGCGACAAGCAGAAACAGCAGCAGCAACAACAGCUGGCACCCGAGCAGCAGCAGCUGAUGCAGGAGUUCGUAGAACAACACGCAGCAGGAGGAGGUAAAUGGCUUAGUAGCUACGCACUGCAGCUGCAACUCAAGCUCAAUGAAAUCGCGGACAGCACGCGAGCAGAAAAACCGCAAGCAGCUCCCCCAGGCAUCCGCCAGUGGAUGGAACGAAAGGCGGGUGCCAUUAGGCAGCGCAUGCAGGGGAAGCGUGUGAAUUUUGCCGCACGCACUGUCCUCGCCCCAGAUGGUCUUCUCGCAGCCAAUGAGGUGGCUGUGCCCCUGGAGUUCGCAAUGAAGCUCUCAGUGCCUGAGGCAGUCACGGCUUUCAACGCCGCUCAGCUCAGUAUGAUGGUCCGCAAUGGACCUAAAAGGCACCCAGGGGCCCUUGGACUGCAGGACGACAGAGGCAACACGUACAAUUUGGAGUUCAUGUCCGAGUCCGCGCGCGCUGCGAAGGCAGCGGAGCUGGAGGCUUUUGCGUCUGCGGGUUCCUCUGAUGGGGGUGUGUUUCGGGUAUAUAGGCAUCUGCUAGAUGGCGACGUGGUGUUAAUGAAUCGGCAGCCGUCACUCCACCGUCUGUCCUUAAUGGCGCACUUUGUGAAAGUUGCGAGGCCUUUGACUCCGGAAUAUCACGUGAACACCUUCUUAGACGCACAAGGACUUCGGCGAAAGGAUGGUUCGAUCAGGAAAGUCUCGCGGGCCCUAAUGGCGAAGCGCCAGCAGCAGAAGGAGCAGGAGGAGGCGCAACAACAAAACGAGCAAACAGCAGCAGCCUCUGUAGCAGCGAAGUUCGAAAAGGAGUUCGCGGAACGCGUUUUUCGAAUCAAUUUUGUCAACUGCAGCAGCUACAACGCGGACUUUGACGGAGACGAAAUGAAUCUCCAUGUUCCUCAGGAUGCCGUGGCUCGAGCUGAGGCUUGUCAAAUCCUUAAUGCAGACUGCCAGUUCACAGUCCCGAAGAAUGGAGACCUUGUAAGGGGCCUCAUUCAAGAUUACUGCCUUGCCGGAGCCCUCCUGACCUGCAGAGAUACCUUCUUUUCGGUGCAUGAAUAUCAAACACUGGUGUAUGCUGGCCUCGAACGCUACCUGCGCUCCCUCGGAGGGGGUCUUCGCAUAACCCUUGACCGCUCUAAGGACUUGGACAAGUGCUUUUCCAUCAGCUCCUCACCGACAAAGGGGAGUCUCCACGGAGGCGCUUCGGGGGAGUCGACGGUCCUGGGCAUCACCCACGUUGAUCCCGCUGUUUUGUGGCCUCGCAAGCUAUGGACGGGCAAGCAGGUCAUAACGGCAAUCCUCAAGACGCUGGUGGACGGCAUCGCCAGGAGCCGCCUAAAGCAGAACGCACUCAGCACUGCGGGUAAAAAUUCAGGGGCCUCUGAGGCUGUGCGAGGAUACCGAGGAAUUAAUCUUCAGUCAAAGUCUAAGACUCCUGGCGACGCGUGGGGGGGAGCAGAGGAUGGAGACAAAGAAGAGGCCACGGUUGUUAUCAGGGAGUCGGAGUUGCUGCAGGGCGUGUUCGACAAGAAUCAGUUUGGGUGCAGCAGCGGUGGUCUUCUGCACUGCGUCUAUCUCUUGCUAGGCAGCAGAGCGGCGUCUAUGUUGCUGCAGGCCCUGGGGGCGCUCUUCGCUUGCUUCCUUAAGUUCCGCGGAGCCACAACGUCACCGGCAGACUUUGUUUUGCGCAUGGAGGGUAUGCAACAAAGGCAGGCUCUCAUAGAGAGGGUGGUUGGAACUGGGACUUUUCUGCAGGAGCAUUUUGUUUCGCGAAUAUCCACUCACCUCGGUUGCUCGGCAGACCUAGCGCAUCAGCGCCUCCAGCAGCGGCUUGCUACUGCCAGUGCCGCGCACGCAGCAGUUUCUGGCAGUCGUGCCGCUGCUGGGGAGCAGGAGGCAUCACUGGAGAGUGCUACGCUGAAAGCUGCUGCUACAGAGGCGGCAGCCGAAGCCUUCAAGUCUUGUGGCGGGGAGGGAGGCCUCCAGCGCAGGAAACAUGCGCUCCCGCAGAUGGCAGCAGCGGCAGCAGGAGGCGGAGUCUCAGGAGUGCCAGAUGAGUGUAGUGCAGAAGUGCAGGGCGAUGCUGCAGCCGCGGCCACAGUUUUGGCGGAAAAACUCGCACUCACCAAGUUGUCGGAGGCAGCUACCGAGCUCCUCACAAGGCAGCAGCAACCGCAGAAGAAGCAGCAGCAGCAGCUGGAUCCCUGGCUGCUCCUGCGGCAGCAGCAGCUCCCUGUAGCCUCUGCAGGGGCACGCCUCACAGCAGCGGCUGCAGCGCAGCAGUUGCGCCAGCUGGUGCGCACACUUCAACGCAUGCAAGACAUGCCCGAGCAGCGUCGGGAGUUCCUCCUGUUGCUGAGUGCGUCUCCGCUGCUGCAGCAGCAGCUUCCUCGAGUAGCGCGAAUCCUGCAAACACAACGCUUGCUGCCCCUCUACAUGCAGCCAGUCCCCUGCAAAGGGCACGGAAGCAAGGCUUUCGAAGCAGAAGGCGCUGGGCUCUCUGGCGAGGCUCUCAAGGCCCCUCCGCCAAACGUCGUGGUUGCCCUUCCCGAUGGAGGCUCGAUCGAAGGCAGCACCCGCUGGUUGCGACCAAAAUUAUACCACCCCUCGUGGCUCUGGAGGCCCCAUGCGCAGCAUCAGCAGAGUGCCGCUGCAGCCUUUGCAUCUGGCACGUUCGAGUCGCCAGCUCGCUACGUGCUCCAGACUGCAAGUGACGCCGCAGCAGCAACAGCGCCCAAUCAGCGCGUGCUGCUCGCUCCGUCGAUUCUCACCCAGUGGUAUGCAUGCUUUGCGAAUCUUCAGGAGCGCCUCUCGGCGUUGAUGGCGCAGCGGUUUAAGGGGCGCUUGUCAGAGCUAGAUGAGUUGCUGGAUUCAUUCUUCCAGGGAUCUAUGGGCAAGGUCGCUUCACAGUCCACAGAUAUCAUGCGUGGGAGAUAUUUCUUGUAUCCUUUUCCUCGGAAUGGGUUUGCUGCCAUGAUUAAGACCGGGGCAAAGGGCAGUAACGUCAAUUACGCGAUGAUUUGCGUUUUCCUCGGGCAGCAAUCGCUGGAGGGCAGAAGAGUCAAGCCAAUGAGUAGUGGGCGGUCUCUUCCUGCAUUCGCUCCAGGAGACUUCGGAAGCCUUGCGAGAGGCUUUGUCCUCUCCUCCUUCCUUACAGGGCUGCGCGAGGAGGAGUUCUACUUCCACUGUAUGGCGGGAAGAGAAGGCCUCAUCGACACUGCAGUUAAAACAGCAAAGUCGGGCUAUCUGCAGAGGUCUCUCAUGAAAUCGCUUGAGGGCUUGUAUUUGGCAUAUGACGGUUCUGUGAGAGACUCGGACGGCAGCGUCUUGCAGUUUGUUUAUGCGGACGAUGGGAGAGACGCGACACAGGCGGCUACGUUGCAGAACCUCCAGGUCUUCACGGAGAAUCCAUACUUGUUGAAAUGGCUAAACAAGCCGCCGAGGGAACUUCAGAUGUACAUGCACCGCAAGCGCCAGCUCAAGAGAGAGCACGAAAAGCAGCAAGACUCGCCAGACGUCAAAGUGCAGGAAGAAGAGGCGGCGAUGGAAAAAUAUCUUCGGGCCAUGGAAUCGCAGCCUUUCAACUCCCCCCUCUCUGCCCUCGGCACGACGAGCUACCUGUUCGAGAAGAAGCUGAAGGAUGUAGUAGAGUCAGCCUGCGGUGACUACGCACAUAUGCGCCGUUGGUUCGCGGAGUCGUCUUCAGGGGCGAGGCGCCACAGGAAGCAGAAGCAGCAGCAGUGUGCUGCCGAUGGCAUUUAUCGAUCAGGUCUUCCUGCCGAGGAGUUGGAAACGCUGCUGAGGGUUGCCUUCCACAAGGGCUGUAUGCAGCCAGGCGAGGCUGUGGGAGUUAUCGCUGCGCAGUCCAUCGGAGAACCCGCCACCCAAAUGACACUCAACACUUUCCACUUGGCGGGCCAUGGCGCUGCGAACGUGACCAUGGGUAUUCCUCGUUUGCGGGAGUUGUUACAACUGGGAGCGAAAACUAAAACCCCACAAAUCAGAAUUCCAAUUAGGAGGGGGACAGAGCAUCUCAACAAAACAGUGGCGUACGCCAUCGCAACCAGCAACGCGGCCACUGCUCUUCGGGGCUUCACAACUAUUCGUAUGCAGGACUUCGUGCAUGCAGUUGGGGUGGAGGCCAACGUUUACUACCAGGGCCCCGACUCAUUAAUGAGUUUUCCGGAGGCUAAGGCCUUCAUGACGCCAUCCAGCUCCUCUUCCAGGCUGUACUGGGAGUACGAAGUGACCAUACAGCUGGAGGCAUUGCAGCAUUUCUGCAGCGUAGCGCGCCAAUUUAAUCCGGACGAUCUCUUGCUCCUUGUCAUUAACAAAGUCGUCCGACCACUUCUCAAAAAGGCAAAGAAGUUAAUGGUGGCCUCCGUCGCUCAGUACGAGUGGUCUGAAGCCCCGGAGCUGCAGAGUGAUCUACAGCAACUCUACAGAGCCUUCCUCUUGAAGGAUAGAAAUAAAUCCCAGUGGUGCGGCGUUAGAGCAAUUAUCGUGAGCGCUCAGCAGCAUGCGCUCGUAUGCUUAUUGACAUAUAGCUCACGGCCAGUGCUGUGUUGUGUAUUUUACGCUUGUACUCUACUGCAUCAUUCGACGGCCUUCUCUGCAUCGAAUUGUGUGCUUACCAGGGAGCGUCGUGCGGCGGUGAAAGAUAUUCUAAGGGCCGGUAGGAUUAAUUGUGAAGCUGCAGCGGGGGGUGCUCUGGACGAGGAGGGCUCUGGAGGUCCAUCCCAAGGCGGAUCUCGAAAUGUUGCACCCGGGAACUCCUUAGAAGAAGAUAACUCCAAAGGCGUUUGGGAGGCUAAUGCUGGGGAGGAUGAAGGCGACGGCCCUAGAAGGAAAUCUAAGAGCGUUCGCGAAGCUGAUGGCGAGGAGAAUGAUAACGGUGCGAUAGUUGCCUGUAUAUUACUGCAAAUUACAGACUGCAUAUUUCAAGCCAUUCAGCUCUACGGAUCUGGGGGUUCUGACGACAGUGGCGAGGAAGAGGAGAGUGAGGACGAUGCUUCCGAGGCGGAAGCUGGAGCAACGGAGGGAGAGGAGGGCCUUGAGGAGGAGGGGGAGGAGCAGGAGACAACCCCCGAUAAAGACGAAGAAGGAAGUGAGAGUAGCGAUUCUGAUGAAGAUGCGGUUACGGCCAGAAACGUAAAGUCAGGGGGAGACCUAAAAGUAAAGCGGGAAGACAAGGAGGAGAUAGAUGGGCCUCGUGGCAAGCGCGUGAAAAAGGAGAAACAGGAGGAUGCUGCAUAUGGCAGUGAAUUCAAGGCGCCUCCUUUGCUAGACCUUGCAGAGGCUCUACGGGGGAAGAAGUAUGACAAGAAAUUGCGCAUGUUCGUGACGGACGACAAAGCAGACGCAGCAAGCCCCGUUCCACCCGUAACGCCGACACCUGCACCCUUUGAAGAAGACGCCAUAUGGAGCUGCGGGAAAACAAUGAAGGGCGUUUCUCCUCUCGAUUUAGAGUCCGCAGCGAUACUCCACGAUCUAAAAGUCUGUCGGAAGACGUGGCGAGUCGUUGUGAAGUUUGGCUGGCCUGUGGACAAGUGCCCGUACCGUCUUGAACUUCUGCCGCUAGUAAAGGGCUUGGUGGAGAAAGUGGUUUUGCAGGAGCCGCGCGGUGUUUCCGAUCCGCGUAUUGUGCAGGGAUCUGGUUGCGUCACUGGCAGCCCUCUGGAGGUUCACUGUAGCGGCACGAACCUGCAAUGGAUUCACCGGUUGAAGGAGACUGCCGUAGACCACAACAGACUUGGCAUCCAGUCAUCAAGCUCGCCCUUCCUUCAGAUGGCUUUCGAGACGUCCUUUAAAUUUCUUACUGAGGCCUGUGAACGGGCCGCUGUUGACACCCUUCAAAGCCCCUCAGCGGCUCUCAUCGUUGGCAGCCCGGCGGCUAUUGGAUCGCAACAGUCUGAGCUCUUGGCCGUGCUCCCUGACUUCACAGACAGCUAA